GCUUCUCAAAGUCAACUGGCCCAGCCCAAGAAGGAGGCGAGUAAGGAAUUUGUUGACUCUGCUUCCAAGAAAAUAAACAGGAGCACACUUGCUCUUGGGUUGUCCCAAAACAAUGAGUUGAAUAUAAAAAGGUAUAAGCUGGAACCCUUACCAGUCAUAGGCUCUACUGCCUUGGUAUCAAACAUUAUGGAGAAACCACUCUUCCUGGAGAUACCUGCCAUCUCCAAAACACCCACUACUGAGCAGGCAUCUCUUUUCAAAAAGUCAUUCAUUUUAGGAGUGGAUCCAACUACUGAGGAGACAACCCUCAUCAAGAGGCCAUUGUCUUUAAAAAAGUGCACAAAUCACGGGGAGAUGUCCCUCUUGAGAAAUUCAUUAUCUUUGCAUAAGGUGACUGACAAAGAAGAUGAGGUUGUUAUGGCACCAAUUACUUUAAGGAAAAAGCAUGAAACUGAAGAGGCAGCCACCACCAACAAGACAUUAUCUUUAAAGAAGAAGAUAUACACACAUCAAAGGAAGCAGUCUUUCUGGAAGGAGUUGUUGACCUUGCCUGAGAAGAUCAAUGUUGUAGAGGAUUCUUUCUUUAUGGAGCCAGUGAACUUUAGGAAGAAACCUAAAACUGAGGAGGCAACUCCCUCCAAGAAGCUGUUACCAUUAAAAAAGAAGAAGCAUACCACUCAGGGGAAGACGUCUUGCUUGAAGAAGCCACUAGUUUUACAGAAGAUCACCUAUGAAGAGAAGUCACUCAUUAAGGAGCCAUUGUCCUUUAAGGAAAAGCCUGCCACUGAGGAGGAGUCCCUUUUCCAGAAUUCAUCUUCCUUAGAAGAGAAGCACACCACUCAGGGGGAAGGGUCCAUCUUGAAGAAGCCACUGGCAUUCCAGGAGAAUAUUGGUAAUAAAGAUAGCUUUUUUAAGGUACCAGUUUCUAUUAGAAAAAGUCAUGGCACCAAAGAGACAACUCCCAUCAAGAAGCCAUUAUCUUUAAAGAGGUGUACCAGCUGUGGAAAAAUGUCCUGCUUGAAAACACCAUCAACAUUGCAGAAGACUGCCUUUGAAGAUAAAUCAUUCAUUAAGAAGCCAUUAUCCAUUAAGAAAAAUCAUACCACUGAGGAAGCGUCUCUCUUUCAGAAUCUAUCAGCAUUACAUGAGAAGCACACCACUCUGGGAGACUUAUCCAUCUUGAAGAAGUCCUUGGCCUUGCGAAACACUCCCAUUGAGGAGUCACUUUUAAAGGAUUCUUUGGCUUUUAAGAAGAAGUGUACCAUUGAGGCAACUACCUUCACUGUGAAGCCAUUAUCUUUAGGAAAGAAAUGCACUAUUCAGGGGAAGAUAUCCCACUUGAAGAAACCACUGUUAUUGCAGAAGACUGUCUCUGAAAUAAAUUCAGUCAUUGAGGAGCCAUUGUUCUUUAAGAAAAAGCCUACCAUUGAGGAAUCCCUUUUCUUGAAGCCUUGGGCAUCCCAGGAAAGUGUCGGUGAAAAUGAUUUUGUUAUGGAGCCAAUUUCCUUUAGGAAGAAGCAUAUUACCAAGGGCUCAACCUCCACCAAGAAGCUGUUGUCAUUAAAAAAGAAGAAGUGUACGAUUCAGGGGAAGAUAUCUGUCUGUCGAGUGCUGUUGGACUUUCAAGGUAUGUAUGGCAAAGAAAAGGAAUCCUUCUUUAUGGAGCCAAUGUCAUUUAGGAAGAAGCUCACAAGUGAGGAGGCAGCUAUCACCAAGACACUGUUACCUCUAAAGAAAAAGCAAAUCAUUCAGGGAAAGAUGUCCUUAAGGAAGCCACUUGUGUUUCAGAAGACUGUCUGUGAAGAGGAGUUGCUUUUAGAGAAGCUCUUUAAGCAAAAGCCUACAACUGAGGAGGAAUCCCUCUUCCAGGAUUCCUCUGGAUUGCAAGAGAAGCGCACCUUUCUGGAGGAGAUGUCCCUCUCACAGAAACAAUUAGCCUUGCAGGAGAAAACCACCAGUGAAGAAAAAGCAUAUAGUAAGGAACCACUGGCCUUGAAGGAGAAACUAACCACUGAGAAGGAAUUCCUCUUUCAGGAGCCAUUUUCAUUACAUGAGAAACCUAGCAACAAAUACGAGUACCUCUUCCAGAAGGUUUUGUUCUUGCUGGAGAAGACUUAUAUCAAAGAAAAGUCAUUGAAGAUGAUGGCCUUGCAGGACAAAACCACCAUUGAAGAAAAGUCCCUUUUUAAGAAGCCACUGAACAUCAAGAAGAAGCCUUCUAUUGAAAUGGCAACAAUCAGAGAGAGGCAAUUAUUUUUAAAGAAGAAGCCUACUGCUCAGGGGGAAGUUUUUCUCUUAAAUAAUUGGUUGGUUUUGCAGGAGAAUAUCAGCAGUGAAGAAAAUAUUAAGGAGGCAAUCCUCAAGGAACCCCUGGCCUUGCAGGAGAAGCCAACCUUUAAGAAGGAAGCCCUACUCAAAGAGCCCACUAUCGAUACAGAGGAGCCCACUGUAGACAGAGAGACUUACUUCAAAGAGCCCUUGACCUUGCAGGAGAAGCGCAACACUGAGAAGGAGGCCCUCCUCAAGGAGCCCUUGGAUUUGCAGGAGAAGCCCAACAUUGAGAAUGAGUCGCUCUUCAAGGAGUCUUUGGCCUUGCAGGAGAAUCGUACCACCAAGGAACACAUCUUUCUCAAAGCACUCUUGAUCUCCCAAGAUGAGAUAAACCCACAUCUGUCCAGCACUACCACUGAAUCCAGAACAGGCAAGACCAGCAUUGCCACCAUGUCCAGUGUGUGCAAGUCCAGUACUCCUGGCAAGUCUAGUGUAUGUGAAUACAGUUCCAAUAAAUCAUUCUCACCUCAGGGCAAGAGGACACAGAAAGAGAUGACCUCACUAGAGGAUAUUGACAAGGACAACAGUGAUCCAUUUUUCAACUCAAUAUAUGCCAAGGAUAUCUUCAGUUACAUGAAGGAGAGAGAGGAAAAGUUCAUACUUAAAAAAUACAUGAACAGACAAACUGACAUCAACAGUGACAUGAGGGCCAUUCUUGUGGACUGGUUGGUGGAGGUACAGAUGACUUUUGAGAUGAGUCAUGAAACACUGUACUUGGCAGUGAAGCUGGUGGAUCAUUACUUAAUGGAGGCAGUAUGCAAGAGGGACAAGCUACAACUCCUUGGUUCCACUGCCUUUCUGAUUGCAGCAAAAUUUGAGGAGACCUGCCCACCUUGUGUGGAUGACUUCUUAUACAUCUGUGAUGAUGUUUAUCAGCGAGAUGAGGUGCUUGCCAUGGAAAUCAGCAUCCUGAAAAUCCUCAAAUUUGACAUCAACAUCCCCACCGCUUAUCAUUUUCUGCGCAGAUAUGCUAGGCAUUCCAAUGACUGUCCUUUGCUUGUAGCAGUGAUUUCCAAACAGUACUUGACUCCUACCCUGGAAUAUUACACUGGCUACAAGACUUCUGAUCUUCACCCCUUGGUCAGGCAGCUGAACAUGAUGCUGACUUUUCCGUCUCGUGACAGGCUCAAGACUGUGUAUUCCAAGUAUUCUCACCAGAUCUUCUUUGAAGUCACCAAAAUACCCCCCUUGGACAUGCUGAAUCUGGAAGAGAUCUUCAACUACUACUGA